AUGCUGAGCAAGUUCCUGGGCCCGUGCUACCUCCAGCUGGCCAAGAACUGGAUCCCCACGGCCGGCAUGUGGGGCACCGUGGGUGCCGUGGGGCUAGUGUGGGCCACUGACUGGCGGCUGAUUCUGGACUGGGUGCCCUACAUCAACGGCAAGUUUAAGAAGGACUAA